AUGGCAGCUGCAUCUGCCAGCGCGGCCGAGAAAUUGUCGGUCGCGGCCGGUGUCGCAGCACUUGCCGCCCAAGCCGAACUAGACCCGCUGGCAAACGAAAAAGUGGAAGCCGAGAUCCCUGAUGAAUUGAAAGAGCAGCCACCAGAAAGUUUAUUUGCUUUAGAUAAGAGAAUGGAAGACCUACUCAAUGACAUUCGCGGGCUUCACGAAGGUCGACACAAAGACUAUCAAAAUAUCAGUGGCCGAAGAGAUCGACUGGGUGCCUAUCAAGGGAUGAGCGUGUUUGAAAAGUUCAAGCAAAUCCGAGCCGAGCGACUAGAAAAUAUACUUCGGAUAGAGAUGCCUGUUAAAGUAAAAUACGCUUGGGAGGCGAUUGCACAGGAGCUCGACAGUUACUGGAAUGUUGACGCCGAGCUCACAUCCGACAAGUUAUUUCUGCUGUUGAUGACUUUUUACAAGGAAAAGGCAACGCAGCUAGUAGAAGAGAACGCGCUUUUGUUAUCCAGAUGGAGCAGAUUCUGUCGUACGUCCUAUGACAUUGCAACGUUUUUCACCACCUUUCAAAGAUAUCAAGAGUGGUUGCAAGCUGAGUACACAGAUGCAGUCAGCAGAUAUGAGAGGCUAGCGGACGCUCACGAGGGACAGCAACGCCGUGCGCGGGAGGAGGAGGCGAGAGCUGAGGCGGAACGAAUCGAGCGCGAACGUCGAGGUAUUUUACAAAAUACCCGUCCAAAGACAACAGCGGUGGGAAAGACGGCCGCCAGUCAAGGAAGACAGAGCACCAAAAUGGCGGGGGGAGAACAGCAAGGUGGAGAAGCAGCGGGAUCCACAAAGUCGGCAACAGAAGCCCCAUCGCCACCUUUUGGCCCAAAUGAGCUCGGCACCGAUCCUUUAUUCGACAUCAGUGAUUUUGUAGUCUUCCUCCGUUGGUCAAUCUCAACCAUAGCUGCCCGAAAACACGUUGAAAUGUUCAUUCAAAGAGCCAAGAUGCUCGUGCACAGCGACCGGGUUCAACUUAUCAAGGAUUACCGACUGGUGAACGAAGCCAAGCCUUCACAGGGAGUUUUGGAGACCUUGAAUAUUUUGGAGGGCAUAAACAAUUAUAUUGAAAACCCGCCCGUCAAGACUCCGCGAAUUGAAGACUUUCUGACCGAAUUCGAUCUACUCGUUGCGUACUGGAACCUCGAAACCCCCAUCUCGCGCGAAGAUGGCCGGCCAUUUGCGUACGAAGUAGAUUCAAAGUUUUCUGAAGCCUUUCGGCGGCAAACAGCCGAGAUAUCUUUCCCACCGUAUGAUGUUAUUGGCAUCAUUUCUGAUGGUGAAACUGCUCCAUCUGAGCAGAGGGUGGGAAGUGCAGCACCCGCUGGAUUGCCGAGUGCGCAACAAGGGUCUGCGUCUGUACACGAUUCAAAGGCUUCGCUUGCGGCUUUGGCGGGAUUGAAUUUACAUCCAGGAUUCAAAAACCCAAAUGCUCCCCGGUUGCGAUAUGCCGACUGGAUCCGCGACGUGGCGUUUUAUCCAGAGUUUGAAGGGUGGCAAGAAUCCCAGUUUGAUUUUCUGCGCCAGCGUAGAGACGUGGACUUUGAGCUACGGUACGAACAUGAUUUGAUAGCUUCAAACGAUUUGGAAUCUGUUGUGAGUCGGCUACGUGAAGCCGCACGACGAGUUUUCGAAACUUCAUCGACCAGUCAGUCCUCUCCUGGAGUUACAUUGUCCCGUCCUUCAUCUGCCCAUGAGCCACAACAACAGUCCGAUCAACUCCAAGAGAACCACGCUGGCGAUGGAAUGACUAUGCCCGCCCUCGCAUCUGGAGGGACAAUAGCAGGAGGAAAGCCAUUCGAAUUGGGAAUGAAGGUUCCUGACCCGAGAGAUAUGGAGCUACCAAAAGAUUUCCGGGUAUUGGACGGAAAGAAACAUGCGUUUGGCCUUAUCUUGCGCUCCAAUGUAGAAAUGCGCAAAGUCGAACAGGAAAUCACUGGGACGGACUCCAAACGAACAGAUGGCGAUCCCACGAUAUCUACCCUUUUUUCCGAACAUGAAAUAUUUUCUUUCCUCCAACUUCGACAUAUUCGCCUCAGGGAUCUUCGUACAUCAUUGCUCUCUCAACUCAAUUUCUUCCGCUCAAUUGAGAAACGUAUUAACCUUGAUUGGAAAAAGACCAAGGCUCGGGUUAAGGUUGAGGUGACAGACUCUGCCAAGGGAGAAAAAGAGCGCCCGAACGUACUGGCCACAGCAGCUUUGAUCACGCACAUGUGGCAUCAACAGGAGCUGUUUGACAUGCCAGAUGCAUCUAGCGAGCGACCGAAUAGUGCUGCCAGUGGGAGUGGACGUGGUCCCAAUGAAAAGGAUGGAAGUGGAACUGAAGAUAUUAGGGGACUUGUUGACGGUGUGGUGAUAAUAAGGGAUCAUCGCGGGAUUCCUUUUGUUUACGAUGUUGCGGUGGAUGAUCUAAAGACACUCGAAACAACACUUUUGAAAGCAGCAACCUUAUACAUUAAUUACGGCCCAGUCGAUGAGGGCAGGCAGUCCACACCCGAACCAACAGAUAGUGGCAUAGAAUCUGAUCGAAAAUAUGAAGAUGAGAUGCGGUUUAAAAUGUCUGAGCGGAAAGCGGACUUUUUGGAAGGCAGCUAUACCUUCCGGAGCCCUAACCUCGACCGUGCUCAACUUUUAUUGGAACUGUAUGACCAUGAGGUUAAAUUUCAAUUUGCAAAGAUGGAGCUCGUUAAUGCGUAUAUGGAGGUAUAUGAACACACUCGUGAUCCAUGCCGCAUCCAGCGUAUAGCGCAAAUUAUUACAGACUUGAUGCAUAUUCGUCCCAAUUUCGAUUUCAGUUCGCCCUACUUUUCUCGCUUUUACGCGGUUGCGACAAAAAUGCUGCAAAUUCACGCUCAAACCGUUCUCCCGAUGAUAAAAGACGGUGUUGAGAGAUAUCGGGAAUGGGUCAAACGAUAUUUUGCCCGCGUUGAUCCGACAGCUGCGCGGGAAAGCGAUGCAAGCGACAGUGCGGACGAUGUUGCCAUACCCGAGACGAUGGGAUUUGGAAUAAAAAGGCCAAUAGAGAGUCCGGUAGUGGCUGGAUUGCCUUUGCUGGAUGAAAAUGAAAAGCAAACUGUCACGAUGCAUCACGCCGGCGUCAUUGUUAACAUGACGGAAAUGAUUCCAACAAUGGAUAUCAUAAUUGAUGUCUAUGAUGCGGCAAAGACUGCGUGCAAUGAGAUGGGAAGAGUUAUCGAAGGGCUUUUAGUGCAGGGAAAAACGAUGGGCCUGGAUAAAAGCAAUGGGAGGAUCACGCAGUCUUUCAACCGGCAGGUUGUUGAAUGCACUGUUUGGAAAUCGCUUUAUCACACUUGGCAAUGCCUUUCGGACCAUUCUUUCAAAAUCCCUCAACUUCGUGGAAAACGUCUCAUAGGGCAACUCGACGCAGAAACUUGGCUGGAGAAUCCCCUCUUACCUGACAUAUUACUCACGGACCAUUAUACCCCAUACGAAACCAACGAACGAGAUAAAGGGCUGAGUAUCUAUGCGGCCGCUUUAACGCCAUUUACGGAUACAGGGUUUAAAAAUAAGGGGCUGGAGAUAUGCCAACGGUUCGUGAAAUUAUUGGUCAUGAGAGAGCGGCUAUACUUUGCUUGGCUGGGAACGGAGUAUUUGAGGAAGAUUUACGAAUUGCAGUUUCCUCAGAUGGGAGUCAAUAAAGCUGCGUUCACCGGGAGACUGAAUUCACUCCGAUUUGAUUCGCCAGAUAUGGCGGAUAAUACAGCUGUUGAGGAUGAUUAUGAAGAAGAAUAUGCUGAUAAGCAUGAUAAUGGCCACAGUAUGCCGACAGGAAGCUCGCAGGACAGCGAAGACGAUCGUGGAGACGCCACUUGGCAAUCCUCCAUGUCUUUACUUCGUUUCGGACCCUUGGCUAUUGUUGAACUCGACGACACGAUAGGCACCGCUACCACGACCACGACAGCUAAAGGCGCCUUCGACCUGGCGAGCCUGCCGGGGAUACAGACAGCGAUGAAACCUGAUGGCAUCAAGCAACUUCGGACAAGUUUAAAAGUUCAAUUGGUAGAGAAGAAUUGGCAUAUGGGUGCGGUCGAGAUGCAUGACAUGCUCUUGGGAGAGUUGCAUGCCAAACUCCUAUUUGAGGGGGAAGCAGUGAAAGUUGAAAAAGCAAAGACCCCUGCGUCCGGUCGGCGCUCACCACAACGAUACAACAAUGCUGAUGCCGCCCAACAAGGCUUUGAUGUCGAUUAUAGACUGUUGGUAACCACAGUUGUGCCAAAGAAGAAAGCCCUGCGCAAGAUACUGCUAUCAGAGUAUGGACGAUUGUACAAGAUACACACGCGCCCCGAUUUUUCUGAUGAAGAACGCGAAGCAGCAAUGGUGGACACCAAGCAUUCUUUGAUCGAAUGGUACUUCUCCAAUAUGGUUGAAAUUGCUCUCGAAGAAUGCGAGCGAGCAGAAUACGCAAAGUCCAUAAAUGAAUUCCGCAACACUGUCCUCAGCACGACGUACGGGAAACUACUCUUCCGUACAUCUAAAGUAAAGAGACACUUUGAUUUCUUUGCAAACCAGGAGAAGGGGACAGCAGAAGCAGAGAUCGAUCCAGCUAAACUCAGCAUGGAAACCGUACAAAUUCAGGACGUUGUCCAUACAGACUUGACGGGGACGGAGAAGAUUUGCAAACUGUGGCAUUUACCUUAUUUGACGGAAAUCAUUAUGAUCCCAAAUCAAUCAGAAAAGGCCAUUAAAGGAACAAUCGAGCUUUCUCAGAAAGUCUAUCGCAACGCACAAAUCUUUCGACGAGCUCUUUCCAUACAAUCUACCAUUUUCGACCUCUUCCUCUUUGUCGGUGUCUUUGCGCAUCUGUUGCAGGAUAAUCGGCGAUAUGCAGCGCAAGUGCGGCAAGUUAGGGAGGCAGAUUAUGUUGUAAAUGCAAUCAAUGCUUUCAAAAAGGACUUGUCUUAUCAAGGACCCCAGGCGGAGUUUACGAGGAUUGAGACAUACUUGCUAUCAAAAUGGCAACUUUGGAUUCUGAAAUUGCGGUUGGCUUUGGCCAGCUCGAUGUAUACAAUUGGAAUGAAUCUUCGACCAGAGGCACACGGUGUCCUACUUUCUCAUCAUGACCGGAUUUUGAAUCUGGUCAAUCUUGUCGAGCAACCGUCUUUUAAAGUCCUAGCGGCGAUAUCGCGGGUAGAUAUAUCCCUUCGUCGCACGCCCUAUCCAAGCCCGUACAUUUUUAUUACACUUGACGAUAAAACAAAACGAGUCUGCGACAAAAAAGUAUUGGAUCUGGAAGAGUGCCUGGACGAAUUCUUUCAGGCCACAUUACUGAACUUUGGAGAAAACGCCGAGGAAGUGAAUAAAAUGCAAAGCGAUUUUCUGCUGACCGGCUUAAAGCUUUUGGCUCUGCGACGGACUUAUUUAAGAGUUUUAUUGCCGGAUGGUAUUAAGACAGAGGAACAACUAGGAGAAUUCUUUAGAACAUAUAAGAUGAGGAUCCUCGUCCCGGCGGUCAGGUUGUAUCACAGAAUUGGAGCAAAGGGAAAUGCAAGCAUUCCUCUAUUACUCCGCGACGAAAUGGUCACUGCAACUGUGGAUUUUGACUUUAACCGCAUCGCGCAAGCGUCCUUUGAUAAAUGCCAAACAACCAUUCUCCAAACGGAGCUUCUCCGAGAGUACACAUUCCAGCUCCUCCGUCAAGCACGUUCCUACCACGACAGAUUGGCGGACGAGCGGACCGGUCGAUUGUUCAAGGUUUACGAAAGUAUUGAUGUGCCUGCUCCGACAGGGGAGAAGGGCUUCGCCUUUCGAAUGAGUGAGGAGGAUUAUACUGCAAAAACGGGAAUGGUGAAUGAAUUCGUGCGAGACUUGUGGAAGGCCAAUGCAACCUUUAUGAGAGAAGUGCAAGAGCUUCAGAAAGGCUCCAAAUCGAAGGGCGCUCAGGCUACAGGAGCGACGGCAUUGGCACAGGCGGCGUUGGAUGAUUCCCGUGUCUUCGCGUGUACCAAAGAACUACUGAGCCAAACGAUUACGAGGUUGGCCUUGCAGCUAACCAAAUGGCAGGAAAAGCGACGUGGGGAGCAAGACCACUUUAUGGGAACUUUGAUGGGUCGUAUGCUGGAAAUGAUAAAGAAUGGAGAGAAAGUGAUCAGGUUUAUGGCUCAGGAGAAGAAAGAGCUGUUGGAGAACUACAAACGAGAUGUCCGCCUUCUAGCGUUUCAUCUAUGCUCCGAGCUUCACGCUGACUUCGCAACUACCUCAGUGGAACUAACGGAACUACGAAAGCAUCGCCGAAUCGAUGAACGGAAGAUCCGGAACCGAAUUCUUGACGAAUAUGACGACCUUGUCCAGGAGCUCGUUAUGGAGAUCAACGUGCUCAGAAACCGAUUCUCAGAGUACCGGGUCAACACCUUCCAAGAGGUCAUGAAUAUCAUGGGUGAAGCAAAAAAGGAAGAAUUGCAAGUGGUGGUUGACAACAGGGAAAUGCCGCAAAAUAUGAAGGACAGCGCGCGGUGGAUGAUUAAACAUGAGGAAGAAGCCCAAGACUUGCGACAGGAGAACCAUGAACUCAAAAUGACGCUGCUAAAAGUCCGGUCAAUGUAUGUGAUCAAAGAGCAGUCUUUGCGCUCCAUGUAUGAAAAGAAGACGCGCAAGCUAACGGAAGAAAAUAAAGCUGCGGAAGAAAAGCUUUGGGACAGCUACAGGGAGGCUGAAGCCAGAGAGCGAAUUUUGAGGAAGCAGCUCACAAAGGCUCAAAAGAUGCUAAGUAUGAGGGAAUCUGAAAAUGAAACCCUUCAACGGCAGCUGCGAGAGGAGCAACAACGUGUGCGGCAGCUCACCCCAAUCAAAGAUCGAGCCGCCUCCGCAGGUGGACGGCGAUACGGAGAUUCAGAAUCUGCUCGCAUAAAUGAGCUUCAAGAACGGCUUCAGCGCUACGAAUCGUUGAGUAUUGAUGCCAUCUUACAAGAACUGAGUGAGAAAACACGAUUACUGGAGCAGAUGAUUGAGGAACGUCGCAAAAAUGGUGGGAUGGCAGGUGGUAUGGUUGGAAAGCAGCACCAGUCUGCAGAACAUCGGCGUAGAGCUGUAUCUGCCCGACUGGCUCGCCCGGUAAUGGUCAUAAAGGCGGUUGCCUCUCGACGAAAAGGACUCGGUCCAUAUAGCGAUUACAAGGAUUCUCCUACUGUAGAGGAGGAAACCCUUUCUGCGCCCGGAGACAAGAUGGAAAAGGACAUUAAUGACCACUUGGUGCAGAAAAUAAAUUGGCUGGCAAUGCAAAACAAGGCAUUAAGACACACGCUCGCUGAGUGUGGUAUCCAGAUUCCAGAUGAUGCCACCACAGUAGAGGAAUCAGAAACCAAGCAAGUCAGGAAAAGUGUCAUGUGGGAGGAUGAGACAGUUUUCAAGGAAGGCAUCGACGACACGGACGCAGCGGAAAGGAAACGAGCUCGAAUGAGGGCUUCUCAGAGUGCGCCUCCUGGAGGGCGAAGAAGAGAGACGGUGGAGCACCGAGCUAGUGGAAAAGGAAAUAUCUAUGGUGUUGACCUCGGUUCACGCCCAUCGUCAGCCGAGAGUACCGUGUCCCCAAGACCUCCACAAAUCCCAACCGGCUUUGGUGAACCUGGACGCCGAUCAUCUACAUCCACUCCACCUCCCCCACCCAGUAGCUGGGUGGGAUCGGACCAUGAACUCAAUGGUGGAAGAGCGAGUUCUCCCGCUCUAUAUCUGGGCACCGACGUAGAUCGGGAACGAGAAAGGGACAGGCCAAGUUUGUCUGCUCGUGGGUAUCGUCCGGUAUCAAGAUUUGUUGAAGCGCAAUCCGCCUCAUCGCCCAGGCAAUCCACUUCACUGGCAAAUCGCUUAACUUCACCCGCAGGAUCAGGCAUGGACGUCAUGGUGCCCAGUGUCCUCCGGGCAAUAACCCCACCACCCUUAACUCUCGCCCGCUCAUCUACUAGCCGGCCUAGUAGCAGCUUCAUUCCCAGCACGGCCCCACAUGCGAGCAGGUCUCUGCAUAGUUCACAGUCCGAGAGUCGGCUAUCGCUAUCGCUCUCCCCGUCGACAACUCCCCGAAGCUCAACACCACGAUAG